GCCGCGAUUGGCCGGGCUAAUGUUUCCCGACAUGGAACAAGAAAAUGGCCUCACAGCAAUGGUGAUGGGGGUGGUUGUCAAGUUCUCGUCGACCCUUUGUUGAGCAGUGGUGCGGCCGAAGGUCUUUGUGGUGCUUCGCGUUCCCCGAAGAUGUCCAGUGCGGCGGCUCGGCCGCCGAGACAAAGUGUGCGCAAAACGCGGAAGAAGCCUCUGAAGCGAGCUGGGAUCACGUCCAGGGCGUUCGACGAAGAUGAGCCUGCCGGUCACCCCCAAGAGUGUGCGGCUAGCGUGGAGCAGACUCUGGUGAGCGUGCUGGGUGGCGUGUGCACAGUGGGGGGGGGACCUCAGGGGGGCAGCACUGGUGGGGGUGGCCACCAGCCCCCCUACGACCUGCGGCGCAAGCUGCCCCACGACGGGGCACCCCCGUGCCCGCUGCCGCGCAAGCGCCAGCGCCGCACGCCGUCUUCCUCCCAGGGCGCCUCCUCCUCCUCUUCCUCUGAAGAUGGGAGCAGUGCGGCACACUACCUUCUGCUCGAGGUGCCGGAUGAAGUGCUGCUUACCAUCUUUUCGUACCUGCUGGAACAGGACCUGUGCCGGGUGGCGCAGGUCUGCCGGCGCUUUCACGCCAUAUCCAACGACACGGAGCUCUGGAAGACCCUGUACCAGAAUGUCUUCGAGUACGACCUGCCCCUCUUCCACCCGGCACCGUGCAAGUUUGAGUUUGUGGCCCCCGAGGAGGCCGACUGCCCCAACCCGUGGAAGGAGAGCUUCCGGCAACUCUACCGCGGCAUUCACGUGCGACCACACUUCCAGGCACAGUAUGACGGCCAACCGCAGAGGUAUCGCGGCCGGUCACUGAGCUACUUUGACACCAUCGAGACGGCAUUCAACUUCUGUGAGGACGUCGACCGGCCCGUCAUAUUUGUACACGCGGGCACCUACAAGGGGGAGUUUCUCAUCGUUGACACUGGUGUGGCGCUCAUCGGGGCAGCGCCUGGCAACGUUGCCGAGCACGUCAUCCUCGAGCGGGACUCCGACUCUACAGUCACCUUCGUUGAGGGUGCCCGUGGAGCCUACCUUGGAUACCUGACGCUCAAGUUCACGCCCGACAUUACAUCGUCAGUGCCGCACCACAAGCAUUACUGCCUUGAGAUAAACGAGAACUGCUCGCCAACGGUGGACCAUUGCAUCAUCCGGAGCACGUCGGUGGUCGGGGCAGCUGUGUGCGUCAGCGGGACUGGGGCCGAGCCCUGCCUACGCAGCUGCGACAUCUCCGACUGCGAGAAUGUCGGGCUCUACAUCACCGACUAUGCCCAGGGAAUCUAUGAAGAGAACGAGAUAAGCCGCAACGCGCUCGCUGGUGUGUGGGUCAAGAACCAUGCCAACCCCAUCAUGCGGCGCAAUCACAUCCAUCAUGGCCGGGAUGUCGGCGUGUUCACCUUUGACAACGGUCUGGGCUACUUUGAGGCCAACGACAUCCACAACAACCGCAUUGCGGGUUUCGAGGUGAAGGCGGGUGCCAACCCAACGGUGGUGCGCUGCGAGAUCCACCACGGCCAGACUGGCGGCAUUUACGUGCACGAAAGCGGCCGUGGCCAGUUCAUGGAGAACAAGAUCCACUCAAACAACUUUGCGGGCGUCUGGAUCACCUCGCACUCCAACCCCACCAUUCGCCGCAAUGAUAUCUACAAUGGCCACCAGGGCGGCGUCUACAUUUUUGGCGAGGGCCGGGGUUUGAUCGAGCACAACAACAUCCAUGGCAAUGCCCUGGCGGGCAUCCAGAUCAGGACGAGUAGUGACCCCAUCGUGCGUUACAACAAAAUCCACCACGGCCAGCACGGAGGAAUCUAUGUGCAUGAAAAGGGUCAGGGCCUCAUCGAGGAGAACGAAGUGUAUGCCAACACCCUGGCGGGCGUCUGGAUCACGACAGGCAGCACGCCUGUGCUGCGGCGGAAUCGCAUUCACUCGGGCAAGCAAGUGGGCGUCUACUUCUACGACAACGGCCACGGCCGCCUCGAAGAGAAUGACAUCUUCAACCACCUCUACUCGGGCGUCCAGAUCAGGACGGGCAGCAACCCAAUAAUCCGUCGCAACAAGAUCUGGGGUGGCCAGAACGGUGGUGUGCUGGUCUACAACGGUGGUCUCGGUGUACUGGAGCAGAACGAAAUAUUCGACAAUGCCAUGGCCGGUGUCUGGAUCAAGACCGACAGUAACCCUACCUUGCGGCGCAACAAGAUCUACGACGGUCGAGACGGUGGCGUCUGCAUCUUCAAUGGUGGGAAGGGCGUUCUCGAAGAGAAUGACAUCUUCCGCAAUGCGCAGGCUGGUGUGCUAAUAUCAACCCAGAGUCACCCAGUGUUGCGACGGAACCGUAUCUUCGACGGUCUCGCUGCAGGCGUCGAGAUCACCAAUAAUGCCACCGCAACGCUUGAGUUCAACCAGAUUUUCAACAACCGGUUUGGGGGCCUUUGCCUGGCAAGUGGUGUCCAGCCAAUCUUGAAAGGGAACCGGAUCUUUGACAACCACAAUGCAGUUGAAAAGGCGGUCACGAGCGGCCAAUGCCUGUACAAGAUCUCUAGCUACACCAGCUUUCCCAUGCAUGACUUUUACCGCUGCAAGACGUGCAACACGACCGACCGUAAUGCCAUUUGUGUCAAUUGCAUCAAGACAUGCCACUCGGGUCAUGAAGUGGAGUUCAUACGGCACGACAGGUUCUUUUGUGACUGCGGUGCUGGUACCCUGAGCAACCAGUGUCAGCUCCAGGGCGAACCGACCCAGGACACAGACACCCUGUACGACUCGGCUGCUCCCAUGGAGUCGCACACCCUGCUGGUCAACUGAGCACAUGCAGAGACUUGGACUUGCCAGUAGUGUGUGUGUGUGGGCGUGUAUGUGCUACGCAUGCGUCGUGCACAGGGUGAACCGACCAAAGUGCCAAAAAACACUAGAGAACCGGCCGGUGUUCGGCCCCCUUUUUAUUUAUUGGGGAGGUGGAGGGAGACCUUCCCCCUCCACUCACCCCCGACAGCUGGCUCUGUCGUGCUAUGCAGUUGGUCUCUCAUACGCUGCCGCCGCCGCAACGACGUGGUUUUGUAUCGCCGCUGUGUUGUAUCCCCCCUCCUUCAUCUCCUGAUGUCGUCACUGCCCCUGUGUUUGUGCGUAACUGCAGAGAGACGCCUUGCCCUUGCCGGACUACGAAAAAGACUGCAGCCGUCAGGCCAGCUUUCUCAAACACCUUUUGCCGUCUACCAAGCCGUUGAUGAUGUUCUGCAAAAUGCCUGGUACUUCUGUAGACCCGAGUGAAUGAACUGUUGUGCCGUGAUCAUUUUUGCAUACCCUUCAUGUACGACUUAUUCGGUGUUGCUCUGCCAUCUUUUCUUUUUGUUCUUGGCUAGACAGCCACUGUGUGAGAGCUUACUUUUAGUGCUGAAGUUGCAUGUUCUGUACUUUGCUGAAGCAUUAAGUUGCGCAUUUGCUCAUACCACGUUAAGGUUACAAAAUACAGGGGGAAAAAAAAGAAAUACCCACUUGACUCGAAAAGUCUCCAGCCGGGUUGCCUCAUCUUAGGUUUAUUUUAUUGUUAUUCACUAAUGUGUUCUGUUUGGACUGUGAAUCUAUAAAUGGCAUUUCAACUUUUUGUUGUUGUUUUUUUCUCUCGCUCUGCAUAUCAUGCGUGUUAGUCUUUAGUGAGUCCUUUGGCAACUAUGGACAGAAAUGUUUGUGUUGUAUUCUUCAUUGUCUACCGCAGGCACGCGUGGAGCCUCGCACGUUUUUUAUGCCGACAUAAUCGGCGCAGCUCGCUGCAGGUUGUGGUCGAGAUGGUAGUCACAUUUGCCAAGGCCGUGCUUAACUUUAUUGUACGGUAUGGGCGAAUGGCACGGUUACCCUUUUGACAGCGCGACGUGCGUUGUGGACCCUUCUGUGUUGCAGCCAAAGCAGGAGGCGUUGAGUGAAGACAGUGCCAAAUACUGACAAUGGUCUCCCUGCUUUGGGUGCAACGCGAGAGAGCCUCCACGCAUAGUGUGUGGCAAGUGCUUUGCCUUGUGAUGGCCUGUAUGUUGCUUAAAAACAAGCGCUUUCCAUAUGACAAUUUCUUUCUUUCAUCCGGUGUAGACAUGUAGACAAGUGAAAUGCAGUGACCAGUUGUGCAGUCAUUACGUUUGUAACAUAUUUGGCAUACCAAUGAUUGUUUAUGUUGAUACGAGGAGUGUAUGUGGUAUUGUAUUACAGUGUGAAAACGGUUGGAGGAUAAGAGGCGUAAGAGAAUGGUGCCUAUGCAACGGUAGCUUUGAAGCGACUCUUUCAGGGUUCUUGGAGAUGUGCUACGGACAUUUGUGUAUGGGACACUCUGUUCUGUAUGUGCGUGUGUGGAAACUGGUGACUGGAGAGUUCCCCACCUGCCUCUACACCCUUCAAGGAGUGCGUAGGAGAGGCGACACACCACGAACUUGCCGCAAAGUUAUUGUAGUCGAGAGCACCGCACGCGUCACGAUCAAAGCGCCCGGUGUGCUAACAAAUGGUGCCGUAUCUGCACCCAGUUUCACGGCUCCUCGUGCAGCGCGAAAUAUGCCCCGGGCCACAACCUGGAAACGUGAAGCCGUGCCCACAAUAAACACACGAAUGCCACGCCGUCUCAUACAACUGCUCUGUCUCUCUUCAUGCAUUACGGUCGAGCCGUAUCGUAACAAAUGCAGAUUUAGUAAAUACAGUGCAUUGCAUACAAAAA